AUGACCAAGCAGAUCUUCGAUCUAUCUUCAUCCAUUUGGCUUCCGUCCUCUGGCAUCGAGGAAGACCAGGCCGCGGCGGAGAAGCGCAAGGGCUUGGAAUCCUGCAAGGGCGUGGAGUGCCCGGAGCGCCUCUUGAAGGCGGCGCAGGCCUCGCGCUGUCAAGCAGCCACGGCAAGCGCCUUGCAGUCCCGCGCCGCGUUGGGCAGUGUGGAAAAGCCACCACACGUGCUGCAGCGACCGGCAGUCAGCUCCGAGCAGAUGCUGAACUGGCUGCACAGCGAUCGAGUUCGAAGCCGCAUCAACGCCAAGCAGCACGAGCUCCUCUGCCUGCUCGUUGACCGAGUGCUCGUCGAGCACGGCUUGCUCCACCCACAGGACAGCAUCCUGGAACGCGACAAGCCCUUGGUGUGGCUCCUGCACGGCGGGCCUGGCACCGGCAAGACCUGGGUCCUCGAGUCCGUGCACGAGCUCUUCGGCAUGCUCGGGUACGCUCAGGGCGUCGAGUACGAAGUGACUGCCUUUCAAGCCGCGAAUGCUGCGGACUUGGCCGGCAAGACCUUGCACAGCGCCUCCGGGCUCAGCGUCGGCGCCUUCACGGAUCAAGCGGCCAGCCGCGACACGGCGAAGCGCCUGUCCUACUGGCGCUGGUUGAUCAUCGACGAGAUCAGCAUGGUGAACGCCAGGCUUUUGGCACAGGUGGAGCAGAGGAUGCGCGCGGUCAUGCCUUCGGCCAAUGCCUGGAAGCUGGACGAGCACGGAGACGUGCGAGCCUUUGCCGGCGUCAACACGGUUCUGAUGGGCGACUUUCACCAGCUCAAACCACCGGAAGGUGGCUUCCUGGGCGACGUGCCUGCAAGCCUGAAACUUCCGGCCGGCGCGCAAGAAGCCGCGAACCAAGAUCUCCUGGCGGAGUACGGCCGGCAGCUGCUCUGGGGCGGGUCGACGCAAGGCGUCACCGAGCUGAUCGAGCGGCAGCGCUGCCAGGACGAGUGGUGGAACGAAGUGGUGGACGAGUUUCGCAACGUCAGCCUGUCCGAAAACAACCACAAGUACCUUCACGGCAUGCCAGUGGAAGGCUGCACGCUCAGCCAGGCAGAGCGGGACUCGAGGCGUCGGGUUAUUAUGUCCGAGAACGACCCCCGCCUGAAGGAGCAGAAGUUCGUGGAAGCCUUCGUCGUGGUCGCCAACAACGAUGCCCGGUACCAGAUCAACAAAGACCGGGCGCGCGCAUAUGCGCAGGCCGCGGGCACGCCUCUCCGCUACUCGGUAGCGCUGGAUCUGGCGAGCAACGAGGCACUGCAGGCGGAGAACUGCGACAAAAGUGCCAAGAUCCGAUGGCUGCAGUACCACGACCGGGACACCGCGGACCUCUGCGGCAUGCUGCCCCUGGCCAUCGGCAUGCCGGUGGCGCUGACGCAGCACCUCGACCGCUCCCAAGACAAGCUGCUGCUGAAGGGUCGCGUGGGCCGCGUGCACUCCUGGAUCUGGCAUGACAACGACCGGCAGCCCAAGGUCGUGAAUCUGGGCAGGGGCAGCAAAUUUUCACUUCUGUAA